CUCCCCUGCAGCGGCUAUGAAAUCACUCCGAGGGUCAAAUCCAGCCUAUAAAGCGUCAGUCAGGUCCGCCCAAGAUUACACUCAGUUCUCUAUUCCGCGGCACUGCCAUGUUUCUUCAGGUUUAUGUAUUAUUCGCCAUGGUGGCAGUUGGCCUAGGGAGCACAGUCCCGUCAUACAAUACUCCUGCGCCAUCCUAUAGUGCCCCAGCCCCAAGAUACAGUGCUCCUGCCCCUUCGGGACCUGCUCAGUACAAUUUCAACUACGCAGUGAAAGAUGACUACUCUGGGAACGACUACAAUCAUCAGGAAAAUCGUAGUGGCUAUGAUACUCAGGGAGCUUACUACGUUCUCCUGCCCGACGGCCGUGUACAGAGAGUUGCCUACACCGUGAACGGCGACUCCGGAUAUGUUGCAGAAGUUACUUACGAAGGCGAGGCCCAAUACCCUGCUUACCAACCUACCCCUUCUCGCUCCUACCAAUCGGCCCCUACUCCAUCCUAUAAACCGAGCCCUAGUUAUACUUAGGUCAUUUUUUUGGAAGAUAUCGGA